CUCCUCCUCCUCCCUCAGAUUGUAAACAACGCCUGAGACACCAAACUCUGCGACGACUUGUCUCACUUGAUUCAUAUUUUACGCCAUUUCUGAAACAUUUAGGAUCACCACGAUGAAGAAGAAGGUACUGCUGAUGGGCAAGAGUGGGUCUGGAAAGACCAGUAUGCGCUCAAUCAUUUUUGCAAAUUAUAUUGCAAGAGACACAAGUCGUUUAGGAGCUACAAUUGAUGUGGAACACUCACAUGUACGUUUCUUGGGAAAUUUGGUCCUGAACCUCUGGGACUGUGGAGGACAAGAAGCAUUCAUGGAAAACUAUUUUGCUUCACAAAGAGAUAACAUCUUCAGAAAUGUGGAAGUUCUCAUAUAUGUCUUUGAUGUGGAAAGCCGUGAGUUAGGUAAGCUGUUGAAUGAAACUUUAUACACUUUGAUGGAAUACAUGGACAUGAAUAGGUUCCUGUGCAUAGAAAUGGCUUGGUCCAAUAUUGUGUAUGAACUUAUCCCAAAUGUAAAGGAACUGGAGCAGAAUUUGAAAGAAUUUACAAAUAUCAUUGAUGCCGAUGAGGUGUUAUUAUUUGAGAGAGCGACUUUCCUAGUUAUCUCUCACUACCGAAUGCGACCACACAGAGAUGCGAACCGCUUUGAGAAAGUGUCAAAUAUAAUAAAGCAGUUUAAACUUUCAUGCAGCAAGUUAGCAGCACAUUUCCAGAGCAUGGAAGUACGAAACUCUAAUUUUGCUGCCUUUAUUGACAUAUUCACGUCCAAUACAUACUGUAUGGUGAUCAUGUCUGAUGCCUCCAUCCCCUCGGCAGCCACUCUUAUCAACAUUCGCAACGCACGAAAACACUUUGAGAAGCUUGAAAGAAUGAGUCAGGGGCAUCUUCCUCUGUCUAGAUAAGUUACUGGAUGUGGGAAUGCUGUAAAUAUUCCUCUUUUUUAUUAUUGAAAGUGUAAUAAUUUGAUAAAUUUCUAUAAGUAGUUUUAAGCUGCUAUACUGUGACAUAAUGCCAUAUUAUUAAAGUGUAAAUGAUGCUCCUUUUUGUUAUUUUAUCAUUUAGGAGAGUAUAUUUGUGAACAUUGAAGUCAUGUCUGUCUUUGGCAGGUUUUAAAAGUUUUGUUUUUGAGUUUUAUAAAUGUGUGGCCCAUAUAUUAGAGCCGUUAUUCAGCAGCUGGUUGAAAGAUUUGCUCUAAAUGGCAUUUCUGCUCUUUAUGUCUUUCAACAGACAUGCUCAUUACUUUUAUUGCAACGCUUGACUUUGAAGUUAAUGUUGCUUUAAUCUCCAGAAAAGUUUUUUUUUUUCACUGUUGCUCACUUAAAAAAUUAAAAGGAAUAUAAUGAAAUAUACUGUAUUUUGAUUUCGGUCCAAUAGAAGUUGGAUGCAAAGGCUGGGGAUGUUGUGAGGUAGGACAGGGCAUACAAUAAGAAAGCUUUACAAAUCAUCUGGUGUCAUUUACCAUGUACGAGAGGCUUUCUUUUCAUUUUUAUAUUCUGAUGAAGAUUAAAGGAUGAAUAAUUCUCCUUUUUUAGAAUUAAUAGAUAAUGAUCAAAAGAAUCCUUUCCAUGACAGACUUACAGGAUGAAAAUAUGAUAAAAAUGUAUUAUGUGAAAUUGGCAAAAAAUGUCUUAUGUGAAAUUGGCAAUAAAUAUACACUGAUUUUUCUCUCUCUCUCUCUCUCUCUCUCUCUCUCUCUCUCUCUCUCUCUCUCUCUCUCUCUCUCUCUCACACACACACACACACACACACACACACACACACACACACACACACACACACACACACACACACACACACACACACACACACACACACACAGAAAAAAAAAAAAAAAAAAAAAAAGAGAGAGAGACAGACAGACAGAGAUAGAGAGAUAUGUAUGGUGUAUGUAUACACAUGGAAUAGUGUUUGGAUGUCAAAAGCUAGUGACUUACUCAGAAAGAGCUGGGACUGAUUGAUCUCCGAGAAUGUGUCUUUGAGUUUGAAUUUUUCUAGCUUAAAUAUUUCAUAAAUAAUUACUUCUAGCAUGAUGAAUGUAAAUAAUGUUGAGAAAUGUUUAUAACUGAGAGGAUAAAGUUGUAUACAGUUGAAAUAAAACCUAUAUUACAUGA